AUGUCGGCAGAAUCAGAUGAGGUGGCGGAGGACUACCGUCUCGCCCUGGAGGACCUUUCUUCAAAUAUGCGAUUUGAAAUUAGCAACCUGACUGUGAUUGCACGAGAGAACACCGAGCAUGCAUUGGCCAUUGCCGAGGUUCUACAACAACACAUUCUCAAGGCACCCCCUGCUAAGAAGCUGCCCGCUCUCUAUGUGCUCGACUCCAUUGUCAAAAAUAUUGGCACUCCUUACACCCUCUAUUUUGGACGGAAUCUAUUCAAGAUAUUCAUGGAGUCGCCCAGCGCGGCUCUUUCACACAUGGGGCAAAACCUGCUACCUACUCAUUCUUCUCCGGGACAUUUCCAACAACUAUCUCAGCCCUCAGCUCCCGUUGCGGGCCAACCCCCGUUAGGGCAAGUGUCACUCGAUGCAUUGCUAGGCCAAGGAGCUCUUGCUGCGCUGAUGGCAAGAACUGGAUCUAAUUCCAAUAACUCGACACCAAACCCUCAAGGCUUGGGAGCAAUACGAUCACCCCCUCCUGCGCCAGCCCAACUUCCACCACCUGCCGCCGCGGCCCCGACUGAUGCAAUGUCUUUGCUUGGUAGACUGCGACAAGCGGGUAUAUUGCCGUCGGCUACUACCCCAACACCGCCAGUUGCCCAAGUUGCGGCGGCGCCUCCCCUGAUACCAGCCAACAUUGCCAGUAUUCUUUCGGCGGCCAAGGCUGGUGCUUUCGGAGUUCCCAACGUGGGAACAGGCGGCAUCAAUGAAGUCAUGUUAAAGCAACAACCACCUGAGAACAUCAUCCACGCGCUGUACGACGAGCUCGGUCCGCCUUGCGCUGAAUGUGGCAGACGCUUCAAGCGUAACGUGGAGGGUGACAAGAAGAGACGAGCCCAUAUGGACUGGCAUUUCAAGGUGAAGCAGCGAAGCGCCGAAGCGGAGAAGAAAGGAACUCAUCGUAGUUGGUACGUUGAUCAGCAGGACUGGCUUAAAUCACGCGAAGUCGUUGACGCAGAUCACGUUGCGCAACCGGAGCCUUCGGCGGAGGAGCAGUCCAAGACUACCUCGGGUCCCAAGUACAUCCCAGUCCCAGAACCCACCAGCGGCAUCAACAACAUUUGCCCCAUCUGCCAAGAAAAGUUUGAAAAUAAAUGGCUCGACACGGCGCAGGAGUGGGUGUGGCUGGACACGGUCCUCGUACGGAACCGCGCCUAUCAUGCUUCGUGUUAUGCCGAAGCUACGAGGGACCGCGAGGGCACGCCUGGCGCGUCGAGACGGACCCCAGAGCCUGUGCUCGGGAAAAGGAAGGCGGAAUUCGGACUCCUGUCACCCAAGAUUAGGACGCUUAAGACUGCGUACUAG